AUGAGUGAACUUUCACUGGCUGAUAGAGCCACAAUUGCAAACAUGUCUCCUGAGUAUGGAGCACCAAUGGGUUUCUUCCCAGUGGAUCAUUUUACACUAGAGUAUCUGAAGUUGACAGGAAGAAGCGAUGAAACUGUGUCAAUGAUAGAAUCAUACUUGCGUGCAAACAAUAUGUUCGUUGACUCCAACGAGCCCCAACAAGAAAGAUCAUACACAACUUAUUUGCAAUUGGAUUUAGGACAUAUUGAACAAUGUAUCUCUGAUCCUAAAAGGUAUCUUUCACAUCUUUUUAAUUCUGCCACAUCUCUCUUACCUUCUUACAGUUUUUGA